AGGGCGCUCUGCCUUCCCCUCCUACCAAUGCCUCGCACUCUGCCUGUCCGUCACACGUUGUGUACACUGGUACGGCGGGAGGCCUGACCCCCCACGAACCGGCGACUUCCUCUUUUUCAGAUUUCAUGGCGAUCGGGAGAGAGGGAAGACCACCGAAGCACGCACACUGUCUCAAUCCAACCGAAAUACAAUUAUUUAGUGAGAUCUAAGCAGACACACUGAACGGAUUCUCCUGCUGGUGUUGCUCAGUGGGCAGUAGUGGUUUCUAGUGCUGGUGUUCUGUUGAAGGGGCUCCUUAGCGCUCUGUGCUGUUGUCUUGCUGUGUCCUGGGUUAGGACUGCCAGCCUAUGGCUCUAAUGGACAAACACAAAGUAAAGCGACAAAGACUUGACCGCAUUUGUGAGGGCAUCCGCCCCCCCAUCCUGAACGGGCCCAUGCACCCUCGGCCCCUGGUGGCCCUGCUGGACGGGCGUGACUGCACCAUAGAGAUGCCCAUCCUCAAGGAUGUGGCCACUGUGGCCUUCUGUGAUGCCCAGUCCACCCAGGAGAUACACGAGAAGGUGCUGAACGAGGCAGUAGGGGCUCUGCUCUACCAUACCAUCACCCUCUCCAGAGACGACCUGGAUAAGUUCAAAGGCCUCCGAGUCAUUGUCAGGAUCGGCAGUGGCUUCGACAACGUCGACAUCAAAGCUGCAGCUGAGCUGGGCAUCGCAGUGUGUAAUGUGCCAGCGUGCUCGGUGGAGGAGACGGCCGACACGUCCAUGUGUCUGAUCCUGAACCUGUACCGCCGCGUCACCUGGAUGCAUCAGGCCCUGAGGGAGGGCACCAGGGCCUCCAGCGUGGAGCAGAUCAGGGAGGUGGCCGGGGGAGCUGCCCGAAUCCGGGGGGAGACGCUGGGCAUCAUCGGCCUGGGUCGUGUGGGCCAGGCGGUGGCUCUGCGGGCCAAGGCGUUUGGUUUCGGGGUGAUCUUCUACGACCCCUACCUGCCUGACGGAGUGGAGCGCUCCCUGGGCCUGCAGAGGAUGACUACGCUCCAAGACCUGCUCAUCCACUCUGACUGUGUCUCUCUACACUGCAGCCUCAACGAACACAACCACCACCUCAUCAACGACUUCACCAUCAAACAGAUGCGCCAGGGAGCGUUCCUGGUGAACUCUGCGCGGGGAGGGCUGGUGGAUGAGAAGGCUCUGGCUCAGGCCCUGAAGGAAGGACGGAUACGAGGAGCUGCACUAGACGUCCACGAGACAGAGCCAUUCAGUUUCUCCCAGGGCCCUCUGAAGGAUGCUCCCAACCUCAUCUGUACCCCCCACACGUCCUGGUACAGUGAGCAGGCCUCCAUCGAGGCCAGAGAGGAGGCUGCCAGGGAGGUGCGCCGUGCCAUCACUGGGCGUAUCCCAGACAGUCUGAAGAACUGUGUGAAUAAGGAAUAUCUGAUGGCAGCGUCCCAGUGGCCCAGUAUGGAGGCUGCAACAGUCCACCCUGAACUCAACGGAGGCGGUGCAUACAGGUUUCCUGUGGGUCUGAUCAGCGUAGCAGCAGGGGGUCUGACGGGGGCGGGAGCAGGGGUAGAGGCCCUGGCUCACGCCAUCGCCCCUGUGUCCCACCCCCCCCACACCUCAUCGCCAGGGCAACCCAGCAAGGCAGAGGCAGACAGAGACAUCCCCUCUGACCAAUAGCACCCCAACAUUCCUCCGUCACCCCUGGAAACCAACAACCCCACCCUCUCCUCCCACCAUCGUCAUCACCACCAACCCUCCUCUCCGACCUCAGGCAGAUUGACACUGGGGUUCCGGUUUGAUCCGGUUCGAUCUGGAUCUGUUCAAGCACCGGUCCUUCAGAACACAGUACCAGCCCAGGAGUGACCUGCCGUCCACAAAAUCCCCCUCCUCCGUAACCCUUCCUCGGACCCACUGAACCCCCCCAUGGACCCCUAUCUCCCCUCUAUCCAUAUUCCCCCCACAACAACAAACCUUCAGCAAUAACUCUCUUCUCAAGUAUUCAAUUGGAUUGGUAUUUAAAAAAAAUAUAUAUUUUGAGGAAAAACAAAACAUUUAGUUAUUGUUUUGAGUAGCAUUUCUCCAGCAAAGCUGGACCGAGAGUCUGGCUGUUAUGAUCCGUGAGAGAGGCGUGAAGGGUUGGUCCGGCGUACAUUAGUGGCUUUCUGAUGUUACUGCAAUCCUUUCUCUUAUGUCUCUCUCUCUCUCUCUCUCUCUCUCUCUCUCUCUCUCUCUCUCUCUCUCUCUCUCUCUCUCUCUCUCUCUCUCUCUCUCUCUCUCUCGCUCUCUCUCUCGCGCUCUCGCUCUCGCUCUCAUAUAUUUUAGAAAAUGUGUACAAAAGUAAGACACACAACACAUCGGGCUUCUAUUGUCCCGAUAAUUCCUAGCCUGAUCCUAGAUCUCUAUCUAGCUAGCUUUAGCCAAGUCAGCUGAAGCACAUACAGAUCUGGGUCCAGGCUACCUGAUUCCCUGUCUGUUGGCUAGUGUAGGGAUGAAUAAUGUCAGUGAAGAGCUGAAACCUUAGCUGGGCGUGUUACGUCUCCUCUGCCGCUACAGGGCUGUGCUAAACCCUGUGAGUCCUGUCUCUUCUCCUCGAGAUGGUGAACCCUCUCCUUUGACAGGCGACAAUUCUCUUUCCUGCUUUUAUAUCCUCUUUUGGUGGUCUUAACAGCCGAGCCCUUUUGUUCCAGCGCCAGUCACUUCCUGUUGAAAGGUCAGAUGGAUGGCGUCCUAUGUUGUGCUCUGUGUCGUCACUCAACAGGCCCUUGCCCACGACGUUGUCUUAUACUCAGCAACAGUUAUGUGACAUGUUUAUUCUGUAAAGGCUGUCCCCUGAACCGGUGUGUAGCUUCAAGAUCACGUGAGAACAGUUUCAUAUCAGUAGGAUUGCCCCCCCCCCCCCAAAAAAAAUGUCAAACUAAUUGUUCAAGGGCCUUUUUGUUUCUCAGAGGCACUUAGCACCAAGUACACCCAGACACACACAGCGAGCUAGCAACAUUGUUAGCAGUGGGCAGCACAGGUCAGCUGUGUAGGACUGAGGUUUGGCCAGCAGGGGGUACCACUGCCAUCUGAAUGCUCAGUCUGCAGGCUGUGCUCAGAGAGCGGGGCAGUGAUUUGGCUGCAGCGCUGAGCUGCGUAUAACCAGCCUGACAGCUACCCCUGGGUUUUCUUAACACGUCCACACGAAGCAGUCAGCCGCAGGGAAAGUGAAGUACAACUCUUUUGCCGUGACGUCAUUAAUUACCUGCUGACUUCCAAAGACAACCAGGACGGGUGACAAGGCAAGGACUCGCUGUCUUUCUCUCUCUCCCAGACCUCUCCAAUCUUUUAUUGCAGUCCAUCCACCCAACCUCUCUCUCUCUCUCUCUCUCUCUCUCUCUCUCUCUCUCUCUCUCUCUCUCUCUCUCUCUCUCUCUCUCUCUCACCCCAUCCAGCCCUUGAAGAACUCUGCUCUCCACUAGUGCUUUAUCAGCAAGUGUGGAUCCACCCAUCCCUUUAAGAAUGGGCAGUGUAGCCAGCGAGUUGAUUCAACCAUCCCUUUAAGAAGACGGAGAUUCACCGUUCCCGUUAAGGCCAAAGGGAGAGUGUGUGGAGUCUUUAUUCUUACAUGAUCAUAGUGGCUUUUCAAAGGCGACCGUGUUGUCUGCAUGUGGACCCCUCCCAUCCACCCACCCCCAUUGGUUGUAUUGACAAGUCGUUGUCUUUCUGAAAGAGUAGUUCUUAACGCCGUCGUCUCUCGUUGUUUCAAGGGAAUACCUUUUUAUAGUACCUCAGUAACAGAUAUUGAAUGUACGUUCAAACCCUUUUCUUUUUUGUACAGCUUUUGUAGAGACCACUUUGCUAUUCCUGACCAGAAGGGUUGUGAAAAUUGUAACAAUGACGAUGAUAAAUAAGAACCCCACUCAAUAACCGAAUUGACCAAACAACUUUUUAGGAUUUGUCUGCAGUCACGUCCCCCCCCCCCCACUGUCAAAAAUCUCAGGCACCGAGACCAGUUACUUAUCUCUCAUCUUCACCUUAAAUGUUAUACUUCAUUUGUUUCUCUGUGGAAAAAAAGUGAGCACAAUGCUUUCCCGUGAUUCUCCAUUUCGACAUCAGAUUGCAGUUGAUCUGACAAGCUUCUUCAACCUCCCGUUCUACAGCACAAUGAAACUUGGAUUCAAAUUCAAAGUGUCAGCAUGAUCCGUUUUUAUUUUCUAGAAUGUAGAACUGUAUGCCUUUCUACUCCCUAAUGUCAUGCUGCUCUAGCUAUUGUGCAUGUGAGGUAUUUCUGGAGGGCAAACGCUAUUGGCCUAAAGAUUGUCAUCUUGUUGUCCGCCCUUUGCUCCCCAGUGCUUAACCCUUAACCCAAGUUGCCAUUUUGUGGUGGUCAGUAACCAGUGAUGUACAGUUUUUCCCCCCUUCCUACCAGAGUCUAUGAGGACAUGGACAUGAGGACAUUAUAGGCUCCUGUGUCAUGUGAUGAGUAUAUAUUUUUUUAAAUAUCCCCCAUAGUUUGAAUUAGGAGCUUAAAUAGUGACCUUAAAUUGCCAUUGAUGAUAUUGAUGACAUUUUUUUGGUUGUUUUCAGUUCAUCAAUGUGUUCAAAUCCAUUUUUUUCUUUUUUGACUCUUCAGUUGUAAUCGCGCUCACUUUGUGUUCUACAUGUUGUACUGACACAUUUCAGGAACAAACGUUUGAGUUGUUUUCUUGUUGUCUUAGCCGCCCUGCUGUAUUUAGCCUCUCCCUGUAUAGUAGCUGUAGAGUUGCCAUGGAAACACUCACUGCCUUAAACACAGUUGACCACAGUAGGUGGGGUAGGAGAGACACACAGUCAGACGAAACCCCGCAAACAACUCACACCGUAAGGACAUUAUUCAAUCAAAAACUGGUGACAAGGUUUCCCGGAUAAGUCAACAAUAACAUGCUCUCCACAGAGCUAAAAAGGGUAUUUGAUUUGACAUGCAUUUGAGUGUCUAAGUUUCACACUGCAAAUGUUUCGUUGAGUACAUCAAUCAAAAUGUGCAUUCUCUCAGUCCAGAAAGAACAUUUCUGGGUUAACCGGGUGAGACAUUUUGAUUGAAUUUCCCCAUACAUGUAGCUGAGUAGGUCACUGUCAGUGCUACAGACUGAAGGAGAGUCCAUCUGAUAUUUCACUCUGGGGUGUGAGAAUGUUUCCCCUGCUCCGGCGCUCUGAAAGUCUUUCAUGGCCAGCCCCGAGCCCCGGGGGCAACAGCGGACACUGAUGUGGUCUGUCAGGCCAGCUGAAAAGGAUAGAUACAAUUGGUCACUUUUCUCUCUCAGGGUUGAAAUGCACACACAUCCUCCCGCAGCCUCUUCCUCUCCCUGUCUGUUCUGUGUUCCGCGCUCCUCAGAAGGGUGAGCAGUCUCCUGACUUCCAGAAGGCCCUCACCAUUCUCUCCCUUCAUUUGUACACCGUGAGUUCUUGUUUGGUUUUUACCUUCUGUUCUUUGGCACUGACAUCUAACCUUCAUCUAGCAAUGAAUGAAUAAAUGUUUUAAAUGAGCUGUGUGUAAUGUUGAAAUUUGGGAAAUGUAUUUUUACAACAUGUGAACAUGAGGUUUUUUUUGGGGGGGGGUGGUGUCUUUCACUCAUCCUUUGUCGUGAAUUCAUUGAUUUACUUUCACCAGACUCCUGUAACGUCUCCUGUAACGUCUCCUGUAACUAGGCUCUUAAGCUUUGUUUUUGUUUUGUUUACUUUUUGUAUUAGAAACAAUCAUGUUUGUGAUGGUAAUUUCCGAUGGUAAACUCCACACCGUAUUUUAAUAAAAUCCAAAAAAUAUA